UACUCCCUACUCCCCUACCCUCUCCCCGAAUUGCAUAUAUACUCUAGAACAAUGAGAAAAAAAAUAUCAAAGCAAUUACACAAGGAUAAGGAAACGAAAAAACAUACUAUGUUAGCAUACUAUGCUAGCAUAGUAUAUAGUCGAGGAAACCUUUUUUUUUCUUGGAAUCGUAUGAAAAACUUCUUUUUCUGUAGAGUUAUUAUAAAUAAAAUUAGAAAAAAGCAAAAAAAAGAGAUCGAGAAGAGAGAAAGUACCCGAGGAGAAGGGAGGUGGGGAGUGGAGGAGGAAGAAGAAGGAAAGGAGAAAGAAGGAAGAUUGGAGGAGGAGGAAGAAGAAGGGCGACCGUUUCUGGGCAUACGUUUCUUGCAGAGGAGGGGAGUGGAAGCGAAGGCGGGGACGGCGGAGGAGAGAUCAUCGACGACGGGUUGCCGGGUUGACCCAACCCAACCCGGUUUAAGGGUAUAUAUAUAUAUACACAUAUAAAAACCCUAAAUUAACAUUUUUCAUUCUCAUUUUGCCCCAAACCUUGCACGCAACUCAACCCCUCAGGCCUUCAGCGCUCGCAAUCCCUUCGGCAUUCAGACCUUCACAUUCCGGCAACGUUCAGAACCACUCGCACGUUUCGGCCUUCACAUUCCGGCGAACGUUUCGGCCUUUGCUUUCAAUCUCACUCUCUCCUUUGCCCUCUUCCUGCUUGACGCUUUUGCCGCUCCGCCAUCUCUCUCCGUUCAGCGCCACCGCCGCCUCCUACCGGAGUUGCAUUCAUUGAAUUCAAGUGGUUUUCGUUUAGUUAGAGGAAGCCAAUAUGUUUUUUCACAUAGUUCUGGAGAGGAAUAUGCAGCUACACCCUCGCCACUUUGGCCGUAACCUACGUGAGAACCUGGUGUCCAAACUGAUGAAAGAUGUUGAGGGCACCUGCAGCGGCCGGCAUGGGUUUGUAGUUGCAAUCACAGGAAUUGAGAAUAUUGGGAAAGGAUUGAUUCGCGAUGGGACUGGCUUUGUCACUUUUCCCGUGAAAUACCAAUGUGUGGUGUUUCGACCAUUCAAGGGAGAAAUUUUGGAAGCGGUUGUUACUAUGGUAAACAAGAUGGGCUUCUUUGCUGAAGCUGGACCUGUUCAGAUUUUUGUUUCAAACCAUUUGAUACCAGAUGAUAUGGAGUUUCAGUCUGGAGAUGUGCCAAACUAUACCACGUCAGAUGGAUCGGUUAAGAUUCAGAAGGAUAGUGAAGUUCGAUUAAAGAUAAUUGGCACUCGAGUAGAUGCAACUGAAAUUUUUUGUAUUGGAACCAUAAAAGAUGACUUCUUGGGUGUGAUCAAUGACCCUUCAGCGGCUUAGGUCUUCAUCUUUGAUGCAAGUUUGUAGAUUGUUAUGUAUUAACCUUGACAUUGAUAAAAGAAAAUUCUAAUUUUGCUGUAUAGGCUCUGUUUUUUUCAACCGUUUAUCCAUUUAUUUCUAGGGGGGGUUAAAAUGAGAAGUAUAUUCCUAGGGUUAAAUUAUAAAUUUCGAACCUUACAGUUUCGGGAAAGGCUAUAAUGUAAUCUAUUAUGUUGUUUUAAAGGUUUUAACCUUCAUGGUUAGAUAUAAACUCUAAAUAGUCAUUGUUGUUGGAUACAACUUUCAUGAAUAAUCUCUACAAAUCUAUAUUUUUAAUA